AUGGAGACUGGCUCGGUUGUUCGAGCCAUUUUUGAUUUCUGCCCUAGUGUGUCAGAAGAGCUGCCGCUUUUUGUGGGAGAUAUUAUUGAGGUGUUGGCAGUUGUGGAUGAGUUUUGGCUUCUAGGAAAGAAGGAGGAUGUUACAGGACAGUUCCCCAGCAGUUUUGUGGAAAUUGUGACCAUUCCCAGUCUAAAAGAGGGAGAGAGACUGUUUGUCUGCAUCUGUGAAUUUACAUCUCAAGAGCUGAACAGUCUUCCCCUCCAUCGAGGUGACCUCGUGAUUCUCGAUGGCACUCCCACUGCAGGCUGGCUGCAGGGCCGAAGCUGCUGGGGUGCACGGGGCUUCUUCCCAUCGUCGUGUGUCCGCGAGCUCUGCCUCUCCUCACAAAGCCAGCAGUGGCACUCCCAGAGUGCCCUGCUUGAGAUUCCUGAAUAUUCCAUGGGACAAGCCCGGGCCCUGAUGGGGCUUUCUGCCCAGCUGGAUGAGGAGUUGGACUUCAGGGAAGGGGAUGUGAUUACCAUUAUUGGAGUUCCUGAACCAGGCUGGUUUGAAGGGGAGUUAGAGGGCCGAAGAGGCAUUUUUCCAGAAGGUUUUGUAGAGCUUUUGGGGCCCCUGCGGACUGUGGAUGAGUUGGUAAGUUCUGGAAAUCAAGAUGACGGCCUUGUUAAUGGUGAAGUAGAUACCCCCAUAGAAGAAGAAGAGAGAGGGCCAGACGAGGAUGACGGGCAGCCAGGGACCUAUGGGAUCGCCCUCUACAGAUUCCAAGCCCUGGAGCCGAAUGAGCUGGAUUUUGAGGUAGGGGAUAAAAUCCGAAUUCUGGCGACCUUGGAAGAUGGCUGGCUGGAAGGCUCGCUGAAGGGCAGGACAGGCAUCUUUCCUUACCGGUUUGUGAAGUUAUGUCCUGACUCACGGAUGGAGGAAAACAUGGUCCUGCCUCAGGAAGACAACCUUGCCAAGAUCCCUGAAACUUCUCUGGAUUGUUUGGAGGACUCCUUAGUAGUAGAGGAACAAAGACAUGAAUCUUGUGAGUAUGAGGCAGAGAAGUCCAACUAUGUUAUUUCCGAAACAUCCACCUCUCCCCUAGGUCAUCUGACUUCCGAGUAUGAAGCAAACAUAAACUCUUACCAGGAUGAAGGCACCUCAGGAGGGCCCCCAAGGAGCCCAGGUUUGGAGCACGAAAAGCCUCUUGCCAAAGACUCUUCCAUGACUGACCCUUUGGAGGUAGCCAAUGGUAUUUCCUCCCAACCUCAGGUACCUUCUCAUCCCAGACUGCAGAAAAGCCAGUAUUACUCUACAGCCGGAGGGAGCCACCCACGCUCAGAACAGUACUCUGACCUUCUUCAUCUGGAAGCAAGGACUAGAGACUACACCAGCCUACCUCCCAAAAGAGCGUAUUCCCAGCCGAACACUCUUCAGAGGCCGGUGCCCCCUCUUCACAGGGGCUCCUCACUUUCAGCCUCAAGGGUCAUUAAACCCAGCCAGUUGAGCUCUCAGCUCCAGGGCAUAGCAAGGUGUGCUAAAAAGCACCUUAUACCCAAAGAAAAUGUGUCCAGCUUUUACUCCGCAUCAGAGAGAUCCGAGAUGAAGCCUGGUCCACAAGACAAGGGGCUCGCUGUGGAGGCAACGACGCUUUCACAGGGAGAUGGCGGCGUUGACCUGGAUUCUAAGUUGACACAACAACUGAUAGAGUUUGAGAGGAGCCUGGCAGGGCCUGGCACAGAGCCAGACAAAGUCUUACGCCACUUUUCCAUCAUGGACUUUAACUCCGAGAAGGAUAUUGUCCGAGGUUCCUCAAAGUUAACCACCCGGCAGGAGCUGCCCGAGAGGAGAAAGGCCCUAAGGCCACCGCCACCCCGUCCCUGUACUCCAGCAUCCACUUCUCCCCAUCUGCUGGUUGACCAGAACCCGAAACCUGUGCCACCCUUGGCCGUGCGACCCUCUCGCCCAGCUCCUCUGCCUCCCUCGGCACAGCAGAGAAUGAAUGCAGGAUCCCCCAAGCUCCUGACCCGUCACUGUCCUGGCUGUGAGACCCUAGAGAAGGAGGGCCCUGAGCACAUGGACAAGAGUCUGGACCAAACUUCCCCCUGUCCCCUAGUUUUGGUGAAGAUUCAGGAGAUGGAGCAGGACUUGGAUAUGUACAACAGGGCUCAAGAGGAGCUAAACUUACUGCUGGAGGAGAAGCAAGAUGAAUCAUUAAGGGCAGAGACCCUUGAGAAUCUCGAGUUCUGUGAGAGUAACAUUGAAAGUUUGAAUAUGGAACUCCAGCAACUUAGAGAAAUGACGCUCCUCUCCUCCCAGUCUUCAUCACUGGUGGCCCCUGCCGGGUCUGUGUCUGCUGAAAACCCAGAGCAGAGGAUGUUGGAGAAGAGAGCCAAGGUGGUAGAAGAACUUCUUCAGACAGAAAGAGACUACAUUCGGGAUCUGGAAAUGUGUAUUGAGCGGAUCAUGGUACCCCUGCAUCAGGCACAGCUACCAAACAUUGACUUUGAAGGACUUUUUGGAAAUAUGCAGGUGGUGAUUAAAGUCUCAAAGCAAUUAUUGGCUGCUCUGGAAGUCAGCGAUGCUGUAGGACCUGUGUUUCUUGAUCACCGGGAUGAGCUUGAGGGCACGUACAAGGUUUAUUGCCAGAAUCACGACGAGGCCACUUCACUGCUGGAGAUCUAUGAGAAGGACGAGAAGAUCCAGAAGCAUCUUCAGGACUCCUUGGCAGAUCUUAAGAGCCUGUACAAUGAAUGGGGUUGCACAAAUUAUAUUAACCUGGGCUCCUUCCUCAUCAAACCAGUACAGAGGGUAAUGCGUUACCCACUGUUGCUGAUGGAGCUGCUGAAUUCCACCCCAGAAUCCCACCCAGAUAAAGUGCCUUUAACCAAUGCAGUCCUUGCAGUCAAGGAAAUCAACGUUAACAUUAAUGAAUAUAAACGUCGAAAGGAUCUGGUCCUCAAGUACCGUAAGGGUGAUGAAGAUAGCCUUAUGGAGAAGAUUUCCAAACUGAACAUCCACUCCAUCAUCAAGAAAUCCAACCGAGUUAGCAGUCACCUGAAGCACCUCACUGGCUUUGCACCGCAGAUAAAAGAUGAAGCAUUUGAAGAAACAGAAAAGAACUUCCGAAUGCAAGAAAGAUUGAUCAAGUCUUUCAUCCGAGACCUGUCUCUCUACCUCCAGCAUAUUCGGGAGUCGGCGUGUGUGAAAGUGGUGGCUGCCGUGAGUAUGUGGGACGUGUGCAUGGAGAGGGGACACCGAGACCUGGAGCAGUUUGAGAAGGUGCAUCGCUACAUCAGCGACCAGCUCUUCACAAAUUUUAAGGAGAGGACAGAGCGGCUUGUCAUCUCUCCCUUAAAUCAGUUACUGAGCAUGUUUACAGGGCCCCACAAGCUGGUUCAGAAACGCUUUGACAAGCUCCUGGACUUCUACAACUGCACGGAGCGGGCAGAGAAGUUGAAGGACAAGAAGACCCUGGAGGAGCUGCAGUCUGCCCGGAACAACUACGAGGCCCUGAACGCGCAGCUGCUGGACGAGCUGCCCAAGUUCCACCAGUACGCCCAGGGCCUCUUCACCAGCUGCGUCCACGGCUACGCCGAGGCCCACUGCGACUUCGUGCACCAGGCUCUGGAGCAGUUAAAGCCCCUGCUUUCAUUACUUAAAGAGGCCGGCAGGGAGGGGAACCUUAUUGCCAUCUUCCACGAGGAGCACAGCAGAGUGCUGCAGCAGCUCCAGGUUUUCACCUUCUUCCCAGAGUCCCUUCCAGCUACCAAAAAGCCAUUUGAGAGGAAAACCAUUGACCGCCAGUCUGCUCGAAAGCUGCUCCUGGGCCUGCCGAGUUACAUGCUACAGUCUGAAGAAAUCCGGGCCUCCCUUCUGGCAAGGUAUCCCCCCGAGAAGCUUUUCCAGGCAGAACGGAACUUCAAUGCUGCUCAAGACCUGGAUGUGUCACUUUUGGAAGGUGACCUGGUGGGUGUCAUCAAAAAGAAGGACCCCAUGGGCAGUCAGAACCGCUGGCUGAUUGACAAUGGAGUCACCAAAGGCUUCGUGUACAGCUCCUUCCUAAAGCCCUACAACCCUCGCCGCUCGGACGCCUCCGUGGGCAGCCACUCCUCCACCGAGUCGGAGCACGGCAGCUCCUCCCCCAGGUUCCUGCGGCAGAACAGCAACAGCACCUUGACUUUCAACCCCAGCAGCAUGGCCGUGUCCUUUACCUCGGGGCCUUGCCAGAAGCAGCCUCAAGAUGCAUCCUCAUUGAAGGAAUGCGACCAAGGAACUCUCAGCGCAUCCUUGAACCUGGGUAGUUCAGAGAGUGAUCCUUCCAGAUGCCCUUCAGACCCAGACUGCACCUCUCAGCCCAUGCCAGGGGACUCUGCAGAUCCAGCCAGAGAUGCAAACCAACCUGCUGCCGCCCUGAGGAGCUACCGAAACUCCAAGCAUCCGGAAACCGUUGGUUACCCAAUACCAGGGCGAAAUGGGCAAGGUAAAGACCUCGUAAAAGGCUGUGCAAGAGCACCCCAGGCUCUGGAAGACAAAAAUGAAAAGCCAGAAAGCAGCGAGGCAAAAGGCAACCAGGUCUAUUUUGCUGUCUAUACCUUCAAGGCACGAAACCCAAAUGAGCUGAGUGUGUCAGCCAAUCAGAAACUCAAGAUCCUUGAGUUCAAAGAUAUUACAGGAAAUACAGAGUGGUGGCUGGCCGAAGUUAACGGGAAGAAGGGCUACGUUCCAUCCAGUUAUAUCUGCAAGACUGAGUACACCUGAGCCUGUUCUGCCUUCCACCCGACCUCACUGCCUUUGCUUUCAGUCUGAAGGGGGCUGAGGGUCCCCUGAGAGGGCACCUGCUCCCGAGACACAGGCCCUGUCCACAUCGCUUAACCACGGCACGGUGGGGCACAGGAUGAGCCUUGCUCUCCCUGAUUGGGUUGUCAACCUCGAUGCUCACUAGAAUUCUAGAAUCUGAAAUGGACCCUGGGGCUUUGCACAUGAUUUAGUGAAGAGAGGCGAGUCCUGCGGUCAGCCUUUGGAAGUGAGAAAUUUCCAAUCAGAAGACCAGUCUCCUAUGUAUGCAGGAAGCUGUGCUGUAGCAUUAGAACAUGUUGGUAUUGGUUACACCGUAUGGAGUUUGGGGUGGCCCCGUGCUCCAUGAUCAGCUGACCGGACACUGACUUGGAUGAAGAGAAUUAUGGCUCUGGGAGCCCUUCUGGGCUGUGCUUUGACAUGUGGCAAGGAGUUUGUCAGGACUGUACCAAACCUGGUGUAUCAGAGCUUCUGGACACUUCCAGGGUCAAGCACAGUCACACACACUCCCCGAUUUCUAAGGUCCCUAAAAUACUACCUUCUGUAAUCUUUGUUUCUUUCACUGCGUUCCCAGAUUGCUUAUACAAAAUUCAGCCGCUUUCUUCUUUUCAGAAGUGGUUAGGGUCUUUAUUUUCCUUUGACCCUUUAGGCACAAUCACUGACACUUUUCUGACAAUCAUCUCUCCCUUCUAGUCUGUGGGUGACGUCUUGUAGCCCUCUGCCCCAUGGACUCGGUAACUGAUGAGCGCUCCAGCCAGUCCAUUAAAAGUAUCAGCUCUGCACCAAGCAGAGGGAUGUCUUUCUCCAUCAUCCAUUUAGUCACAUCCACAGAUGCAGAAAACAUAACCUGUGACUUAUUUGAGUUAGGGAUAAGCCGUUCCAGAAGUAUUAUAGUUUAUCCUAGACUUGGAAAAAAGAUUUUCUAUUUCACCACAACCUCUGUGCUUUGGAGACAACAUUCAAGGCCAGAUAGAUUCUGAAGUGCCUCGUCACACCUCCUGCCAGUCUCAGGAAGACAUUUGCUAAUUCCUUGCACCAAGAAUCUCCCCCUGGAGAGCAGGGUUUUUAUUUUUAUCUGUUUUGGCAGGGUUCUUAUUUUUAAGAUCUUUCCCAGAUAUGAAGCCCACCUUGGAACAGGAAACCAUGAAUGUUGUCUUUAAGAUACAGGCCCUGCUCCUCCAAAUGCACAUUUGGCCUUAAAUUCCUGGUGAGUUGGGGAGACACCCGUGGGCUCCUCAUCCACAGUGUCUGCUGAUCGUGGUCAGAAGGCAGCAGUGCAAGAGUCUCUUGUGAGAGUGUUUAUAUUUAGAGAUGUUUAUAUUUAAGUAGUUAUUUUAUAAAUAAAAGCAUUUCUAAUGGC